AUGGCAUCAAAUAAUCAAUUUGUAACAUUUAAUAAUGGUCAAGAGUAUCCAAUUUUAGGAUUUGGUACAUGGAAGUCGAAACCUGGCGAAGUUGAAGAAGCAGUGAAAGUUGCAAUUGAUACAGGUUACAGACAUUUUGAUUGUGCAAUGUUUUAUGGAAAUGAAAAAGAAAUAGGAGAUGCUAUUAAUCAGAAAAUUGAUGAGGGUGUAGUAGUUCGUGAAGAUCUGUUCAUUACUAGUAAAUUAUGGAAUAUUUUUCAUCAGCCUGAUAUUGUUGAAAGUGUGUUAAAAAAAACUUUAUCAGAUUUACAAGUUGAAUACUUGGAUUUAUACUUAAUUCACUGGCCUAUGGCUUUCAAAGAGGGCGGAUUAAAUGAUGAUUUCAUUCCAAAAGACGAUGAUGGUGCUACAAUUGAAGGUAAUGGUUCGUAUAUUGAUACAUGGAAAGCAAUGGAAGAAUUGGUAGAAAAUGGCCUAACCAAAUCAAUAGGUGUAUCAAAUUUCAAUAAAAGACAAAUUCAAGAAAUAUUAGAUGUAGCUACCGUGAAACCUGUAAACAAUCAAGUUGAAUGCCAUCCGUAUUUAACCCAAAAAAAAUUAAAAGAAUUUUGUGACGAACACGAUAUAAUAUUAACUGCAUACAGUCCACUAGGAAGUCCAGAUAACCCAUGGAAAAAACCUGAAGACCCGACUCUCUUAGAAGAUCCGAAAAUUAUAGAAAUCGCAGACAAAUAUAAUAAGACUUCAGCUCAGAUAUUAAUAAAAUACCAAAUUCAAAGAGGAAUUAUGGUUAUUCCAAAAUCUGUAACUAAGAGUCGUAUUGAAUCCAACUUUGAGGUAUGGGACUUUGAACUUGAACAAGAGGAUAUCGAUCAAAUUGGUACAUUCGAUUGCAAUGGUCGUUUUGUGCACAUGAAGGGGAACAUGCAUUUUAAGGACUAUCCAUUCAUUGAUGAAUAUUGA